AACUUUUGCUCCACAGUAUGCUCUAAUCUGAAAAGGCGAUCGCUUGCUUCCUCGAUGGAAGAGAUCGAAGGGCGCCAGAAAGCCUCGUAAUACCGAAUCAUGCGCGUAGCCAAAGUGUCGAGCACCUUCUACAUACUUACGAUUUCAAGAUGCAACCUAAGCUUUGAUGAUCCAAUACCCGACUUUGCGUCUGAUCUACGAAUACAGUGGCAAUUCAAGGCGAAACAAAUGGGCCUGCUGCUGUGUUAUCUGCUCUCCCUUGAAUCUCGCACAAGACGGUGGCAAUCUGGCAACGAGCCUGAGCGAAAACGAAGCAUAAAGGCCGUGUACAAAUGAAGGUCGGUAAUGAGGAAGCAGGCAAAGAAAGGCAGGCAACAAGCGAUACGAUGUGCAACUUCUUGACAUGCAUUGCCCUCGUCAUACCCUCCGCAGGGGGCAAAAGCACGGCUGCGAGAAGAUUCCCAGUACUCGAUAUUGAUAGCAUCCUAGACCUGGAAGACCCGAUGGUCACGAGAGCAUUACAUCAUCACGAACGUGCGCUGGAGGACGAUUCACGGUGGGAGAAAGGUAACAAGCUGUUAUGGAAAUUCCAAAAGAAAUGGCUUCGCCAGAACAGUGCCGGUCGCGUUCGAGCAGUCCUGCUGCAUACUUACGAACAAGCGCAAGCUCUUGGAUUUGAAGACAUCCAAAUUCUUGUCCCAUCACUUCAACUGCAUGCACAAGCGAUGAAGGAGCGCAGUCCAAGAGGUCAGCGCAUAGCUCGCUUGAACAGGGAAGUCGUUGUCAACGAGGUUCACAGGACGAACGUGCAAAUAAGGCUAUAUUCUUCGUGGCGAGAAUAUACAUUGCAUCUGUGCACAGUUAUGGCCAUAGUAAUAGAGGAACAUCAUCAAAUGGAUGGAAGAGCGCGGGAGGAUUGCAGAUACUCGGUGCUUACUUCGAAAAAUUAAUGAAGAUGCGUUCGUUUUUGUGAAAAAAGAUUUGUGUUCUUGAUAUGGCCACCUUCGCAAAGCUUACUCUCACAGACUUCGCAUUAAGCCUUCUUACAGGGAAAGCUGAGAACGGAUCGGGUGACAGGUAACAUGUGUAAGAAGCGCCAGGUGCGGGAGGG